AUGCAAAGACCAUCACCACCUACUGAAGAAGAAGAUACUUGGCAAUAUGAUCCCAUUGAUCCCAACAAGAUAAGCCCCAUGAAGCUUAAGAGUUCAAUGCUAAGAAUACACCAACUUUUUCAGAAGGCACGAUUUCCCCUUGCCCCUCAUGCAGUCAAUCAACCAUCAUCACCACCAUCUUCACCACCACCCCAGUGGUAUGUCAAUUCCAUAUCAAGAGAGAAGCUUGCUGAGUUCAAUCAGUUUGUCCAAACUCUUCCAGCCAGCAUGUCCUUCCAACAAGCUUGGCGCCACUACCCAUUCACCACCUUCUUCCACAACUGCAGAGAGACACCUGAGGACAUCAAAGAGCUUUUUGAGAAAGCUAAAGUUCAGCCUACCUUCAAGACCCUCUACAAGAUUGAAGACCCAGGUCAAUUCUCUAUUCCCUGUCAAGUAAAUGGUCAUUACUUUGAUAGAACACUAUGCGAUUCUGGCUCUUGCAUAAACCUCAUGCCAACCCAAACCGCCAAACUCCUUGGCAUCACACGCUUGCAACCUGCUCAAGGUCACAAGGAGACAAGAACUAAAAGACUAUGUCUCAGGCCGUGCCCUUACCCCAUCUCCAACUAA